AUUAUGAAUCAAUGUACUGGCAUUGCUUAUGAGGGCCACACCUUUCUCCUCAUCUGCUUGCAAAAUCUAGCCCAUACCUGGAGGAUUGCUAUGGCAACAGGUUGCCAGUAGCGACUACAUCCCUGCCUGUGAGUCUGCGGGGAUGAGCGGCGCGUCAGGACGAGAGGAAAACAACAAGCGGAACAGCAGAGGGUUUGGUCUGCGCGGGCUCAGUCAGCACAAAAAGACGGAAAAAUAACCACUGUCAGGCUUUUUUUUUUUCUGUCAUAAAGUGAGGAGCCCCGCGGUCUGCGAGGACGGGUCGUUGUUGUUGCUUCGAGUCUGGAAACAGAAAGGUCGGAUCUGCCAGGAUGGAGAGCCACCGCUGACGGAGAUUCCCGAGCGCCGCUGAUAACAACAGGUCUUAUCCACUGAGCCCAUCUUCCCCUUCAAAAUCUUUGAGCAACCAACAAAGAGCUGGAGCCGAGACGGUCAAGCAUGGAUGUGCCCAGGAUGGCUGAAGGCCUCUUCAGCAGCACGCUGUCCUCGUCAGGCGGCGGCCAUCAUGUGUCUUCCUACCUGACGCUGGAGCAAAAGGCCGCCUUCGUCUUUGUGCUGCUGCUCUUCAUCUUCCUGGCCCUGCUCAUCGUGCGCUGCUUCCGCAUCCUGCUGGACCCCUACCGCAGCAUGCCCUCGUCCAACUGGACAGACCACACCGAGAAGGACACGUUCGAUUACCGCAUCGUCUGAGGAGCCCUGAGCGUGCAUUACCUUUACACAAAUUAGAAGAAAAAAAAAAGAAGAAAAGACCGAUUUGAUGUUUAAAGAGCACUUUGGCCCGAAGAACAGAUGACUGCCAGUUCACCAGGAAAACAACAGCUUUUACAGAAACCUUCUGAAAGUUUGACAGAAAAGAAUUUCGAUGGCUGAUUGUCGUCGAAAUGAGCGCUAACCAGAGUUCAACAGCUUCUCCCUGCCAAAUCUGAAAAUUCUCAACUGUCACAAGAAAACCAGAACUAUGCUGCAAAGAUUAUUGAUCAAACCUUCAGUCCAAAUGAUGCACCAAAACCAGUUAGGGUUACCCAUGACUUUCAUUCCCUUCCAUCAGUUCCCUUGUGGACUACCUCGUUCCUCCUCCUCCAUCUCGUGUGUGGAAGACUUAGUGUUUUCUCACAUCUCACACAGGGUCGAACAUCUUUCGAGGUCCAAACAGUUUGAUGAUAACAGUGUUUACAUCUAAUCAUGUUUACGUCCUUAGAACCUUUAUUGAUAAUGUAGACAAUCAGUGUUUCAAAUAGUCAGUGAAAAAACAAGUUACCAGUUGAGGUCUUUUGAUUUUAGCUUAUUUUGUCUUAUUUUGUGGACAGACACGAGAGGUCCAAAAGCCCGCUAUGAUUCAAGCGAAGAUGAAUUUUAUGCCUUAUGUCUUUGUCAGAUAUAUUGGUGGUUGUUACCUUUUAGACUGUUGGGUAAAACUGGUAUCAAGGUCUUAAAGCAGGUUAAAUAAUCACAAAGAAGGAAACUGUCGUGGAAAAAGUUCUCCCUUUAAUGUUUUGGAAAGGUUUUGACAGAUGGGUGCGAGCUGCGAGUAACUACAAGUAUUCUGUGUGUGUGUGUGAUACAAACCAAUUUGUCCUUUAAGUCCUGAAGGGCCCUUCAGUGUCCACGUCUUUUAUGGUGUCGACAGCCAAAAGAGGUAGUGAAGAAAACGUUUACUGUGCUGUACCGUGUGCCUAAUUUGAGAAAAAAGGUUGAUGUUUUAGGAAGAAGAAAGAACGUGGGUUCAAAUGUCUCUUUAAAUGUAGGGUUUUUUUUUUUUGUGUAGCGCCCAUUUAAAAUAAAAAACUUUAACAGCAUUUUACUGCCUGCAGUUGGUAUAUUGACAGUUGGUGUGCCAGAUCUGCAGAGUGUUGAUGAUGAAGAUGACGAAGCAUUUUCACAUCAAACCCUUUACAAACUGAUGUGGCUCUUUUGUCGGGCAAUUUUUCAACUGUGCGCCUUAUAGUGUAGACUGUUUACAGUAUCGUAGGUAGCGGAGACGCUGGAAAUCAGCCAACACUGAUGCGACUGUGUCUUUGCACUUCACAGAGAUGUCAUCCACCCUGCUAAAAAAAAAUGUUAAGGAAAAAAAAAAAAAAAAAAAAAAAAAACAUUCCCCGUUCUUGUUCCUGCCGGGACAGGAAAUGAACUCUGACCCUUUCGGCGACGUGUGAUGUGCUCGUGAUCUGCUGUGGCCUUUUCCUACCUAUCGCAGAUGUUGUGCUGAGGUGAUGUGUCCCCCACCCCCCUGCGCAUGUAGUGUAGUAUCCGUGCAUGAUAAAUGGUGAAGCGCUUUGAUCCUGAUGUUGUAGCUGUGGGUCAGUUGCUCAAGCAGCUAUUUCUUGUCUGUACUGGGGCCUUUUGUUUCAAUCUGUUUUUCGCCUGGAGCCACUGUUCUUUUUCUAAUAAAAAUGAUCAGAGUG